AUGGACGACUCGCUAUACGACACUUCCUGGCUCUUGCACCAUAUCAGUCGUCUCACACCCUCUUUGCACGAUCUCUUGACCCCAUCGCUCUCUGAUCAGGACGAGGAUCAAGACGAAGACGACCAGCAGACCCAGCUCUCCGCCCACGCCGAGGCACUCCGCGCAUCCCUCGGCCAAGACCGUCCGCGCUACGAAGAAGAGGAAGAAAGAGAAAAGCUAGGCGGUCUGAAACAAUGUACUUGGCGAAGACUGCGGAUGUGGAGCAACGACCAUUCCCCCGGAAAGAGGAGAAGUGUCGUGGGCAGAAAGCGGAAACGAGAUGAUGCGCCAACGACUUCGACUUCGACUUCGACUUCGACUUCGAGUGAUUAUCAUGGACUGAUCAUAUCACUCGUCUACGACAAAGCUACGUACAAAUUCAUCAUAUACACUGCAGAUCUCGUAGGCGGUGAAGACCAACAAGCCCCGACCCGUCCUCGUACGCGGACAGGAGGCCGACCGUCGAAAAAAGACAUGUCGAGAAGACCAACAAUAACGACAACAUCAACGACAUCAAUGACAUCAAAUUCAUUCGGAAACGGUGCUGUCCUACUUUCCAAGUCUUCGCCAUCCGCUCUCAAAGCGCUGACGAGGUACCUUGCGGACACUUUCGCUCUGACGGAACCCAUCACUCCGCUCAAACUGCCUUCACUGCUCAUCCAGACGACUCUGGAGAGAUAUCUCACGUCGAUCGCCGUCUUGUUGGGGAGAAGAGGAAGAGCGACAGCGGACACGAGGUGCUCUGUUUUCGAAUCCGUCAUCGGGACAGUCAGACUUACUGUUUCGUUCGCACCGCCUGUGGCGCCGAGUUUGAAAAGUCUCGAUGUUAAUGUCCCUUCGCGUACGGUUGGGCUGCUGUAUCGGAGGAGAUUGGAUGGAGCAGACCAAAACCAAGACCGAGACCAAGACCAGGCGCGUGGCAGAGGAGACAAACAACAACAAUACCAGCACCAACACCAGGCACGUGGCAGAGGAGACCAACAGGACCAAAAUAUGUCAGAUAGACCCACGGACUUGGACUUCAUGGCCACGUUGACAUCUUGGAUCUUGGAUAGGACUGGGCUGAAUAUUGAUCCUCCGCCGCCGCCGACAGACCGAAUUAUCGAUGAUAAUAAUAAAGAGAACAAUGAAACCUCAACCCACGACGAUCCUUCCCAAGCAGGCGAAGAAGACGAAAGAGAGGAAUCUGAGGAAGAUUAUCAAGUAAACCAGGCCCCAGCGAAGAAGUCCACCACUACUACUCAAUCUCAACCCCAACACCCGCCAAUGCGCAUCUCCAGAAUCUCUACUGGCGCAUAUGCGAUUUCGACUGAAGGACGGUUGAAGUUCGCGUGGAAGCCGGUGGAGAUGGUUGAUGGGAUAACUCGAGAGGGUGAAGAUGAAGGCGGGGGCGAGGACGAAGACGAAGACGACGCCAGAACCCAAAACAUGGUCCGUGGAGCGAAUCAUGAGCUGUUGAAAGCUGUCUUGGAAGAAGCGAUCAGGCAGGCUGGAGAGGGAGGUUGA